CUGGAUGGUAAGCUCUUCAGAGCAGUCCCACAUAUCUGAGCACCUGUUUUUGAAGAAAGUUGGUGGGAAAGGCUCUAAGGACUCUGUCCCAUUAGGGAACUUCACAAGAGAUAAACACACCUGCUCACUUACCAGUGUUUCUGACUUCCCGCUGAACUGAAAAUUGCUUGUUUGGUGGAAAAACAAAACUUGGCAGCAAAUCUCUAAAAUGAAGACCCCCAAAACCUUUGAGGAGCAAACAGAAUGCAUCAUGGACUUUCUACUCACGGACUUAUUAGGCGUACCUUCAAAGGUGACUAACCGGGACCUAUGUGGUGAAGGUGAACUUGAAACAGAUUCAGGAGAGGCUUGCUCUUUUGACGUGGCCAUCAUUGCUGGUCGCCUUCGGAUGUUGGGGGACGAGUUCAACGGAGAACUGGAAGCUUCUGCCAGAAGUGUCAUUGCAGAAACCGUUCGGGGACAGGGAGGAGCUGUCCUUCAGAACACAGUAAAAUCUCUCAGCAAGGCCUGGUGUGCUCAGAAUUCCAGCUUAGCUUAUGAGAGAGCCUUUUUGGCAGUUUCAGUGAAACUGCUUGAAUGUGUGAUCCGCCUAGCUCCAGAAAUGGCAAGACAGGUGGCGACCCCCAUGACAGAUAUGAUCAAUGGGAAUGGUGCCAUCCGGGAGUUCAUCCAGGGCCAGGGAGGUUGGGAAAAUCUGGAGAGCUGAAGAAGAGGGAGAGCUCCUUCCCAGCCUGGACAUCGCUUCCUCUCUGACUAUCAGGUGACUGAUUUCUGGCAAUUACAACAGAAACGACCAAAUCAAAAAUCACUUUCUUUUGGACACAACUGAACUUAGUUGGAUAAUUUAUUUCCUAUCAAUAAAGUUGGGAGGAGCUUCGAGAGGUCCA